AGUAUACGAGUAGGCAUGUCUUUUUCUGAAUUAAAGAGCAAUCUUCUAUCUUCGGAAUCGGAUUUAUUCGCACGUCGCGCAGGAGAGGACUAUCACACAUAUACUUUCUGUUGCUUCUCCUAAAAGAAGAUGGCUUCCGCGGCCACCUCUUCUCGACCUGCGUUCGGGGCCAAGCGGUUGCAGCCGCCUGGAGGAGCAGGCUCUGCAGCUGGCGCUACCCUAUCAAAUGCAAAAAUGUCUGGGUCUGGAAGAAUGCGCGAUUUGUCAUGCUGCUUUUCCAUGACCCAUGAGGUCUGGAAUGCAGGACCUAGCAUGACAGAUUCUGCGAGACCUUUCUCAUGCCUAUCCUGCAUGAGAAACUCCCUCCCGACUUGGUCAAAACUGGACGACGUUUGGUAAUCAUGCAACACAGAUUCUUGCAUGCUGCAGAUUUAGCAUGACAUGUUGCAAUCUUCCAGACCCAGACAUUUUUACAUUUCAUAUACCCCAGGCCACCAGAUGGCGCGCUCCCGCUCCAACUCGCGGGACCAAACCGCCGCCGACCUUGCGGCCGGCGCGGGAGCGGGCGGGAGUGACGCCUUGUCCUUGCUGAGUCCCGAAGCAUAUCGCGAUUUGGUGAACAACCUCCGGAACAAAAAACAGCCGGUCAUGCACCCGGUCGACUGGCUGGGAAACAGCAACGUGCCCCUGGAGCAGGCCUUUCCGUCCAUCACCCUGCAGCAGUUGGAUUUUUGCGCAAACCUGUUCGCGUUGUUAUGGAACAGUGGUAAAAAUGUUGUACCCGGUAAUACGCACGUUGAGCAACACAAAUGCAAGAAAUGCACUGACUGAAAAAAAUUGGCAUGCGCAAACUACAAUUGAACUUGACAUCAACGUCGGUUGCAAUUUACUACGUAUACGAAAAACGUCACUCUCUUUCACCUGCGGUGUGAGUUUCUGUUGCGAGAUGGUGUAGUUUUUGCCCAACGACAAGCUGAUGUUGCAACCUUUCCACUGCACAUCAUCUCUUCGAAAACAAUUUGUCCUACUGCGUCUAUAUCGGAGAGACCUCAACCAGUGAAAGGCUAGAGACGACAGCGAGUCCGGCUUCUGCGUCGGGGUCAACAGCUUCCCCUCGCGGCUCCGCGAAAGCCCAGCAGUCCACUAUCGUACGAAAAAAGUGUUACACAUAGUCAUAGUCUAUGCAGACCAAGCAAGACAGACAAGCUCUGUCAUGCCAGAUAUGCAUAGGAGCCUGGCUUCGUACGUGUUUUCCCGUCGGAUUUCUGCAUUAUCUGAUCUAGAGAAAUUUGUGUUGCUGAAUUGACAUAUGUGUAACUGUAAACACUUUUUUCUUGCGAUGUCCAGCAUCGAGAUCGAAUCUCGCGCGAUACCGUGGAAUCCGCACCCGCACCUGGGUUCGCUGCGGGACAUUCGGAAGUUUUACGAAAAGUGCGAAAACAGCAUAUCAAGAAGAAAAAUCCCACCUCCCCAUAUCAAAACGGAAAUCUGUAAUGCAGAUUUGUGGUCACAAAUCAGCUUUGUUAUGCUAGAAGGGAAAAGAUGUAGACACUGUACUACUGGGUGGUGAUGUGGGAAAGCCUUGCACUUUCAGCAUGACAGGAGGCAGCCGGAAGUCUGAAACAGCAUGACAAAUUGCCUGCAAACCAGACCACAGCUGCGGCUCUUGGCCUUCUAGCAAGACAAAUCGAUUUGUGUACUCAAAUACAGCAUCACAACUUUCGUUUUCGAUAUGGGGAGGAGGGAUUUUUCCUUUUGAUACAGCAACAUGAACUCUUUCGAGCAGAUCCACCAACUGAUCAGCGGGAGGAGUAUAUCCAAGAAAAAGACAACUGUGUGAGUGUAACUUUCUUUGGUUGCCAGCAUGACAAAUUUGCUCUACAUGACAGCGACAACCUGUCAUGCCUGGCUUGUAAGGGAAAACACACAUGAAAAAAGGACUUCAUGGCUGUCUGGCAUGACAGGAGUAACUCUGUUGCAUAUUCUGCAUUACAGAGUUACACUUACACAGUUUUUUUCUUGCAUAGAGUACCUCGGCGAAGCUGAGGGCCACGGACACAAACCCAAAUAAGGGGUGCCUGCAUACGGGGUUCUCAACCCGUUACACUCUCAAAUGUUACGUGAUUUGUCGUGCAAAAACACUAUCACCCUUCACACGAUCAAGCCUCUUUCGCAUGACAAGUUCUCGAUGCGCUAGAAUGUAUUGCAAUCUGCUCCAAACCUGUAAAUGUAAUGCAAAAGCAGGGGUAACCGUGCCCCUUUCACUUUUGCCAUUCUUGCAUUACAGUUGAGAGUGUAACAUUUGAGAACGCCAUAUUGUAGGUUGAGUUCUACAAGGUCUGGAUUACUUUGCACGGGAACGGACGGUGUGACGCAGGGGUGAUGCUGUGUGAUGUGUACCCGAGUCCCUUUGUCGGUUUUAGCGACCAGCAGGAACAGACGGACGAAGCGAAAGACAGCGCCAACUUCCUGAACAGAUCGGUGAACGGCACUCCCGCAGCUGCUGCGAAGGUUGCCGUACCCGCAAACGCUCAUUUGCUAGAGAAGGAAUUGCUGCCCCUGCUGGACUGCUGCAUGUGGCAGCACGAAGAUUGCGCGCUUUUUCUGCAGCACAUCGCUGAAGAGGAUUGGCGCAUUCAAGACUUGUGUUUUUCCCUCUACCGUCCGAACAUCAGCUGCCUGUCCGCCAGUAUCAAAGAAAAAAACUGUGUUAGUGUAACUAUCUUUGGCUGACAGCAUCACAGAUUUGCUCUACAUGACAGAGAAAACCUAUCAUGCGCAGCUUGUAAGGGAUAACACAUAUGAAAAGAGGAACUCAACAUGGCUGUCUGGCAUGACAGGCGCAACUCUGUUUCAUGUCCUGCAUUACAAAGCUACGCUUACACAGUUUUUUUCUUGCAUAGCCAGCCCGGAGAACGCCGUGGUGACCGAUAUCACUGCGGGCGGGCCCGGAGGCGCAGCAGGAGGGGGAGCAGUUGUAGCUGCUGCCACCGUAUUCGGUGCAAAAGUUGUAUCGUAGUCGUAUUAAUAAUCGCAGUCAUGCAAGACAAAUUUCUUCUUCAAGCGAACUCACCAUGAGAAAUUAUUCCAUUUGUCACCAACACCACGCUGAGCUAAUUUGUAUUGCAAUACAACUACGAGUGCGAAUGCGAUAUCACUUUCGCAGGUCAUACACCGCUGCUGCAGGGUCGACGGUGGCGACGAAGAAAGAUUUGACGCCGGAUUUGCUCGCUUCAGCACUGUUUUUCUACGAGAAACUCGGCUUCGAAAAGCCAAAGGACGAGGUCAUACUGGAAUUGAUUUACAGCCGGCCGUAUCAAAUGCAAAUAUAUCUGGGUCUGGAAGAAUGCAACUUUGUCAUGCUUGUCUGGCAUGACUCAUAAAUCUGUGAUGCAUGAGCAGGAAAAUGGCCUCUUGCCUGUCAUGCAAAAACGCAGUCUGCCAUGCGGAAAACGAAACACAGUAGUAGUUGAAAAAUUUGUCAUGCUUGGCUGCGUAUUGCAGUCCGCCCACCAGUCACAUUUUAGCAUCACAAGUUUCCAGACCCAGACAUAUUUGCAUUCGAUAGUCCGGAAGCGAUGCAGGUUAAAGCGGAGUUUGGUAAAUACGGUCUUCUUAUCAAAUGCAAAAAUGUCUGGGUCUGGAAGGUUGGAACUUGUGAUGCUAAAUCUGAAUCACGCGGCAAAAAUGAAAAUCUGUGUUGCAUGAUUACCAAAUGCUGUCCACUUUUGAUCAAGUUGAGAGGCAGUUUCUCAUGCAGGAUAGGCAUGAUAGUGAUCUCGCGGAAUCUGUCAUGCUAGGUCCUCCAUUACAGAUCAUAUGGGUCAUGGAAAACCUGCAUGACAAGUCGAGCAAAGUUCCAGGAGACCCAGACAUUUUUGCAGUUGAUACUUCUGAAAAUGAACAUCACGUUGGAAAUGAAAUCCUCCGUCCACACAGAAGUGAUUCUUUUACCGCUGAUAUCCACAGUAAAGUUCCCGUACACGUACAAAUGCGGUCGCUGCAUGACAAAACUUGGCUCCAAUGUUAGUUCAGCAUGACAAUUCUAACACUCCAAAUUGCGGAAAUUUGUGAUGCAUCUUGUAUAUGUGCGGCAAAUUGGUAUUGCAUAGCUGAUCAAGGCGAUGGACGCCAAGCCUGCGGGAUCAUUGCGGAAAAAACUGCAAAGCACUGUGGAAGACCCAGCAGAAGAGAUAAACCCGGACGGGAUACUAAAACAACAGCAGCGGCCACAUCAAUCUUCCACUUCCAACAAGUUCGGCGCGGUAGAGCAGGUCGAAGAGGUGAAAAUUUCUGAACUCCCGUUGUUGAUGUACCAGGUAUGCAAGAAAAAAACUAUGUGAGUGUAUGUGUAACUCUGUGAUGCAGAAGGUGCAAAACUAUAUACACUUGUCAUGCUGGAUCUGCGUGAUAAGUAGGCUACUUUCAUACGUGAUGUUUCCACGUAGUAGCUGCGCAUGACAGGUUUAAUAAUGCAAAACGAAUGUGUGAUGCUGUUCAUCUUCCUUUACAAAGUUACUCUAUGCACAGUUCUUUUUUUGGAUACCAGGGGCGACAGCGCGAUUCUUCCUCUGGACUCGGGUCCGCAGCGGACUUGGGGCCGUUGCGCUUACCUUCGAAGCCCAGCUUCCUCUCCGCUGUCGGCGCCCCUAGUGCGGGGGCAGGAGCAACUGAAGUAUGCAGUGCAAAAGCAUCGCACUCGUAUAUAUAAAUGCAUUACAAACUGACUUUAGCACUACAAAUUAAAUUCGUAAUGCGGAUUUGCCUUGAAAUAAAGACUGCAUGAACGCAAUUAGUACGAGUGCGAUACUUUUGCACAGGAUAUGAAGGCACCACAAGCAACGGCGAUCAGACCGCGUCUUCCAUGCUCGGAACAGUGGGCGAAGAGCCAACGGACAGCGCAGUAUGGAGGGGAAGUGAGUGUGCCGCUCCCACACUGCUGGCAGCUUUUGGGAAAAUAAAUACAAUUUGUCAAAAAUGUCAUGCGGGUUUUUCGCAUGCUUAUACAGCUUUUUUUGUCCCUUCUCUUGAUGCAGCAGGAGUAAGUACCAUGAUCGCCAAAAUAGAGCACGUUACACCUCCGCAUGAAGUUGAGUGCGUUUCGGUCUGCUUUCUGCAUAAACGACGAUGA